UUAACUGAAGAGAAGAAAACGUUUAAACUGAUUUAAGUUCCGUUAAGUGAGUGAACGCGUUGAUAUCCCGCUUUUAGUCCGGGUCUGUCCCGCUUUUAGUGCGGGUUAAUCCCGCUUUUAGUGCGUGUCUGUCCCGUCCUGUAGAUGUGUGAGUGCAGACUGGGACAGGAUGGCUCAUCUGAAGGUCAGAGGUUCUGAAGACUGACCACCUCCCUCUGCAGGCCGGCCCAGGAACUGCACCCGCAGCUAACAGCUAACAGCUAACAGCUAACAGCUAACAGCUAACAGCUAACAGCUGACCAGUGAAGUAGUGCUGUGGCUGGUGUUCAGGCUGUUGGAUGGCCACAGGAGUGAACUACUGGAGCUCUUAUGAACACAGUUACAAGGUGAGUGAGUGUGUGUGGGGCGGCGAACGGGAGGCGAGCAGCGAGGAGGAAGGAGGCGGAGCCACAUGGGAUACUCACGCCAUGGAGGUCAAAGGUCAACUCAUCUCAGCACCUGACCCUUUCAGCUGUCCCGACAGGAAGCAGAGGGAGCGAAUGGCAGAGCUGCUGGAGAGGAGGCGGGGCCUGCAGGCGCUGCUCAGCGCACGAUUGGCUGAGCUGAGACGCAUCUGUCUGCAGGAGGCGGAGCUGACGGGUGCGGUGCCCAGUGACUUCCCCCUGGAGGCGGGAGAGAAACCCCCCUGUGUCCGAAGGAGAGCUGGGACAUCUCGCCCAGUAAACAGGAAGUGCCGAGCGGAGGAGGAAGACUCUCAGCGUUCAAAGCAGAAGAAAACUUUAUUCAGCGGAGCCCUGAGGAAACACAGCGACUCCGAACACAACACACAGACACACACACACCACGGCAAGAGGACUGUACACAGAGGCUGCCACACAGAUGACACAGUGAGGUCAGAGAGCAGCUCGACAUCAGACUCGACAGGACUCGAGAACGACGAUGGUGUGUCUCAGUGUCGCCCCCCGCUGGUCUCUACUGGUUCUCCUGUGGAGGUUUUCUACCAGAACAAAACCAGAAGGAACUCUCUGCACAACAGGACCGACCAUCCAGAGACUAUUCAGACCCACAAGCCCCCCCCCCCCCCCUCCCCUAACAGCUCCUACGACGGGGGCCUGGAGCGCACCCAGCUCCCGGAGGUGGACCCGCGGCAGGCGGGAUUGUGGGUAAACGGUCUGGCGGGGUCCCGAGGAACGAACGCCACGGCCGGAGCGUUCAGGAGCUCCGAAACGCUCGCCGACGGCCGGACGCGGGCGCCGGCGCACAACAACGGCCGAGCGGCGGCGUACGGCGAGGUCCUGCUGGACUACGUGUGGGGCAAACAGCAGCAGUUGCAGCGACAGCAGUCCCAGCCCAACAGCAACCGGCAGCCAAUCACGUCGCAGCACCACCACCAGCAGCCAAUCACGUCGCAGCACCACCAGCAGCUGCUCUACAACAGCUGCUCGUCCAAGGGGUUUCUAUAUUUACUGUCUAUGUCUGUUCGUCCCAGCAGCCUCAGGGAGCGCCGCCCAGCUACCGUGGCCACUCUGGCGACCAGCGGCGAGUCAAAGUGA